AGUAAUACGAGGCACCUUUCAUUAUUGAGGCUCUAUGUCUUGUCCCCGAUGGCCGAGGUGACCACAGUAGCAAUCUCCCUACGGCGUUUGAUAUAAAGGAACUAUGCCGCCUUCGUAUUUAUAUAUCUGCCUCUACGAUUUUGGCUAGGAAUCUUCAUUCGUUUCCCCCUUUACACUUACUCGGGGACGAGGUCGUAGGUAGCAGCAUGGCUGAGACUCUCAACCCGGAAGCACUCUCAAGUUUGUCACCAGAGUAUCUGGCCGAGGAUUACCACGAGAUCUGGUGGCGUUGGAACGUUGCACUGACAGUCAUUGUAACCGUUAUAUAUAUUCUAUUCGUUAUAUCCCGACUGUUCUUCGCAAGAUACAAUGGCUGGGAAGUCUGGACGUUAUAUCCGCUCUCAUAUGUCUCUUGUAUAGGACUUUGCAUCCUAUAUUUUUUGGCCGUCGCUAGAGGGGGUGCAGGGAAACACUUGGUGUACUGGGAAAUCCACAAUCCGAAAAUUAUCCCUAUAUACCUUAAGCUUCAGACUGCGUCAGAGUUUCUCUAUAUGCUCGACGUAUCGCUCCCCAAAGUCUGUAUUAUCAUCCUGUAUCUCCGUAUCUUUACCGAGCGCUGGAUCAGGCUCAUAACUAAGAUCGUCCUUGGAAUUGUAAUCAGCAAUUAUGUUGCGAUCGGUAUUAUCGCCGUCCUUGUAGUUUGCAGGCCAUUUGCCUACAAGUGGGACAAGACGAUAGACGGCCACUGCAGCGAUCUCAUGAAUUCUUACCGGUACACCAGCUUACCGAACAUCAUCACGGAUGUAGCUAUUCUUAUCUUGCCUUUUCCCAUGCUUUACAAAUUGCAAGUAAGCCCGGCGCGCAAAUUUGGGAUAUUCCUUACUCUUCUAACAGGAAGCCUGGGCCUUAUAACCGCUAUUGCUCGCUUCGUCGAGUACUUGAAGCCCGAUUGGAUGACAGACCCGAUGUACGCAGGCAACAAACCUAUAAUUCUCGGCAUUAUCGAAGCACAUACAUAUUUCAUCUGCUCUUGCUUACCUGAAAUGCGACCUCUAGCGCGCGGGAUCUAUAGGAAGUUCAAGCCCCAUAAAGUCAAGGAGUUUCCCUACAACUCGGGUCCGUCCUUUCGGCCUGUGGGAUCCAAUAGUUAUGGUUCUUCUGUCGGUAACAUCCAUGGCAAUCACAAAACAUCAAUUUCAGCUCUCAGGGGACAGCACGAUGAUUAUAGCAAAGGGUUUGAAAUCCCUGCUGUAAUUCAACUUGAUAAGACGGUUCAUGUGAAUUAUUCUCAAAAGCGCGCUCUCCCAAGAGAUAUGGUCUAGACUUGGGGGGUUGCAGCGACUAUUGUCUGUAUAGGGACAUCCAUGGCAGCUCAUAUAAUUUUCUUUAUCGUCAUAUUACAGUAACAAGGUGCAAAAGAAGAGUUCUGAUAUAUCUAGAAGUUUACAGUGCGAUACUGGUUGGUUAUUUCAAACCCCUUAAAGCUAAAAACCGACAUAAACUAUUUACUUGGGUACCCUUAUAUUU